AUGGAGUACUUUCGUUCCCGACGAGACAUAAUCUGUGCUAAUGUCAAAUCGCUGCUAUCCCUCGGCUUUCAAGAUCAUGAUUUUGGUUGUGCGGCAACUGGCUGUAUAGUACGCGACUUGGGCCGCGAUGUUUGGAGCUUGAAGGAACUUACUGACUCUUUUCAGCGAACACCCAAACUGAGUCGGAACAAAAGUUACCACCGCUUUACCAUCCAUGAUCUGGGCUGCACGGACUAUAAGACUUUAGUACUGAAGAGACCAACCAACACCGCUAUUUUAGACUAUUGCUCCGACUAUGGAGCUCUAAGCGAAAAGGGACUGCUACCCAGCGCUAAACAUCAUGCCUUUAUCGCCCUUUUGAACUCGUACCGCUCGCACUUUGAUUCGCUUGUGACCUUCCUCAAGGAGUUGCCGAACAGCGAGUUAAUUUGGCUGUUUUGCCAAGAGGGGGAUCUCCAGCGCACACGUGUGUGCAACGCAAAUUAUACCGCGCACUGGAAUUUCGACAAAGUGCCGGUGAGCGAUAUUCAGUAUUCGCCCACCGAUAGCAACAGCACGACCAGCAGUUUGGUCACCGGGACCCCAACUUUUACAGGAAAACUACUUGUUCUCUACGUCAACACCUUCAUUGAGGCGUUCUGUGCCUGUAUUGACGCGUUCAAUCAUGACCCAGAAAGGGGACUGAAAGCGCUGGAGGUUCUUGGUGUUCUUCAACAGCAGGAGCCCCAGACAAGUCGACCCCAAGUGGGUCGAUCUCAAAUAGGUCGGCCUGCGGUUGCCAGGCCAACAAAGCAAAAGGGACAGCGGGAAUUGGCAUCGGCCCCGCCAACGGGGCAGUUGCCGCAGACGGGACAGUUGCCGGAAGAAGAUGGCAGGAGAAACAAUGAAACGCGAAAUAGGCGUAAGACUCUCAAUGUUGACAAGUACCUCACCGUGAAGCUCAAGUUCAACUCUCCGUCUCGUCCUCGGCUGAUGGACGACGUGGAUACCUUGUUAGUGCCAAUUGCUUCGUACGAGAUGCAGGUGGCCUACUUUAUGAUCUCGACUCCGUGUUUGUACCCUAAUUCGGUUCAUUCCUGCUGUUCAAAAAACCCUACCAUUCUGCGACACUUCGCCAACCUCUUCGACUUCGUGGACCUGGACCUCGCCACCGCGCUCCGGUUUUUUACCAGCCACUACUUGCUGACUGGCGAGUCGCAGGACGUGUACGCAGCCAUCGAAGCCUUCGGCCGCAGUUACGCGGGCACAAUCAUCCGCGAGGCCUAUGCCCGAUCCAAUCACGCCCACGGCUUGUUCGGAAGUCUUGAAGAAAAAGUGGAUCUGUCGGCGCUGCUGGAGAACCAUUCUCUGCUCGCCCAGGAGAAGCACGGAUCCAUAAGCCUUUUCCAGUGGGCCAGAAAGAGGCGAUCGAGCCGACAAAUGGAAAGGAAGAGUCCACGAAUGCUCAUGUCGCGACUGCGAAAACAACAGGAGCUGAUAGGUGGCCAGGAGCUGGAGGCGCUGGAGGACACGGUGAUUGCGGUGUCGUACGCUUUGUUGAUGGUGCACACGUCGCGUAAGUUGAAGUUGAUGGACGUUGCGGAGUUUCGGAGCAUGACGCACAAAGCCGCCGCCAUUCCACUGAGCGACCAGUUCCUGGACAAUAUUUACCAGAACGUGCUGCACUAUCCGCUCCAGUACCUACUGAAUCCCUUGCUUCAGUAUGGUCCGCGGUAUGUGGAUGCCUUGCGGCAUGUGCCGAACGAGAACGACUCCCGGGGUGGCGGAGUCAUGUGUUACCGUUUGCGUGACGCUCACCGGUACCAUCGGCGAGCGUUGACGGUUUCGGGGGGUGUGUUGCACAUUUGUAACGCGAAAGGGUCGGGGCACAAGGUUGACGACUCCUCGAAGCAUUCCCUCUCGGUCUCCAACCUGGUGGGCGUGGCGUUGCUGACGGAGGAGCGCAUGGCUCGACUUGCGCCGGGGACCGUAGGCAAGUUAGCCGCCGCCCCACGGCACAUGGUCCUGCAACUCAUCAAGGCGGAUCUCAAGGAAGAAACCUUCAUCGUUGAAGAUUACAGCACACAGACAAGCGCCAUCAUCAAGCUCUUGGCCGCGCUCCAGAAACUUGUACAGAUGAAUAAAACCACACUUAGCAAGAUCAACGUCCAAAACCAAAUCAAAACUAUCUGCCUCCUCCAUCUACACAGACGGGACAUUGAUGGCACCAAGGACGACUACCUGAAGAUGUUGAACGCGUUGCGCUACAACGCAGACAUGCCCCUGGCCACAGAGAUCUUCACCAAGAUCCAGGCAAAGGGACGGCUGACGGUGCUACCCACUCCCUGGCACUACAUGUAUUGGGUGGGUUGCAUGAAGAAUCGGUGCGAGGGAGACGCGGGCUAUGCGACAAGUCAGGCGACGACGGACAACUUGCUGCAGCACUUGAUGAGUUGGCGGCAACAGGCGUUGACGGAUGACCGGCGUUUGGCGUUGUUGAGUACGGCUGACUGGGACGUGCAGACGCGGACGAGUAUGGGGUUGUUGAUGCUAAUGCCGGCGGGGGCUUUGGCGGUCUCGAAAGCGGGUCGGCACCACCUGCGGGAGCGUGAGUUGGCCGUAGUACAUCUAACCCACGGCUCGGUCAUGGUGCAAGGCGCGACGGCAGUGUUUCCAACUACGGACUUGAGUAGUUUGGUGAAAAUCACGGACCAGGGCAUGCUGGUCUGUAUAAGUCCCUACAACGACAUCGUGGCCGACUCUGGGGUUAUUUCUCGGCGACCAGUUUCGCAGACGCCUACCAACAACAAGCUUAGCGAUAAACUCAGCUUCCUUACCGAGCUGGCCCACGGGGUCUCGGAAAAGGUUUGCAGCAAUAACGAAAAUGGCCAGUACCCCAGACAGUUCGCCGACGAAAGCAUUCCGAGCUGUGGACCCGCGCCUCUGUGCGUUGUAAUUGCCGCCCAAUUGCUUCUCUACUUCCACGAUCAGAAGAUCCUCACCGACCCCGGACUUCCAGACAUCUAUCUUGCCACCUGGCUCAUAGCCACUCUGGAUUACAAAAACCCCGUAGACCUCCGCUUGAUCAUUUCCUUCUUCGUGUACCGCACCCGUCUGUUGCGCAACUACCCCCUCAACUCGUGCAACCUGCAAACCAUCAUGAAGGCUACCUUCCCCGUCACCGUCGACACAUGGACUCUGCUCAACGUCGACUACGAAACCACCUUCGAUCGCUGGAAAAACGCACUUUUUGUGUGCGCCAUACCUUUGACCGGUUUGUGCCAAACGUGGAACGACCUGCUAGAAGGCAAAGUCACGUACAUCGACCUUAUCAGAAAGCUCGUCAAAGCCCUCACACUCAACGACAGCGUGUGCUCCGCUAGAGGAUACUCCGACCUAAGACGGAACGUUGAGGCCAUAUUCUGGAACGCCGCUUCGGCUGGACAUUCUGCGACCUCUUAG